CAGGGGAGGAGAAUUAUAGCCGAGUAUAUGCAUAUCAAAAUAGUAAACUUGCCAAUGUGCUUUACACCAAAGAACUAGCAAAACGAUUAAAAGGAACUGGUGUCACAGCAGUUUCUUUACAUCCUGGAGUAGUCGCCACUGAGCUGUUGCGCUAUGCUCCUUACGUCAACAAUCCUAUUGUUCAGACCAUCCUCUGGCCAAUUGGUUAUAUUAUGGUGAAAACAUCAGCACAAGGUGCACAAACCACAAUCUGUUGUGCCCUGCAAGAUGAUAUACCCAAUCUCUCAGGAAGUUAUUUUAGUGAUUGUGCCGUAAAGGAAACUUCAGUCGCAGCGCAGAAUGAUGGUGAUGCCAAGAAACUUUGGGACCUCAGUUUGAAAUGGACAGGUUUGGAAAAAGAGGUGAAGAUGUAGAGGUGACAAUGAGGUGGAGAUGCUCAACAUGUUGUACUGCAUUGCAUACUGAACACAUCGAAUUAAACUGAGAAUUAAAUGGAAGAACAAUCUCAAUCUUAAGUGAGAGGAGAAUUGAAACAUCAGUGACAUUGUAACUAACAGGAUAUUUUGGUCCAUUUUGUAGGUUGUAUUAAGACAACAAAUAUGGGUUGCUUAGUAACAGUGUCACACACUAACCAAUCAUCUAUGAGGAGAAUAAAUGAUAUAUUUUGGCUUCCCAAUGGUCAUACUUUUAUAUAAGAAUG